AGUAUCUGCAGAGAUCGUGUUAUGAACGCAUAUGCAAAAAAAAUUCAGGGGAUGACAAAGUCGAAGAGUGGAUCUUCGAAUGAAAGUGAAAAGCUAAAACGGGGUCUGAUCGCCCAAUUUUGUGACGACUAUAGUAAAAGAGCACAACAAGCUGCUCUCAGGGCUCAAAUCAUCGCUCUCUACGCCUCCCUUCUCAAAAUUCUAAAGACAUUCUUUACAAUUGGUACAAUGUUUGAGAAGAAGGGCCAAGACGACGACGCAGAAAUGGCAAAAUCCGAUCCCCGAGAAUUACACAAACGCGUUCGUCGAGUGCUCUCAAUGGAUGGCAAGCGGUUUUACAAUCUCUGGUUCAUUCCCCACUUUAUUGAGGUCCUCUUCGUGUUCCGCCAAUUGGAUGAUGACGAGGCAACCCGUGCGUUGAGGUCAAUGUGUCGUGUUGCCGGUGCUUUGCAUGAUAUUGUCCAUUAUCUUGUGACUUUCGCCCGUCUUGGCAUCAAUGCUUCGAGGAUAUCGACUGAACAGAGGGAGCAGAUUUAUGCUAUGGCUAGCAAGACUGUGGAUACAAUGGUUCACAAGUUACAUCCCACUACCUCAAUGGAGUACGCCAAUCAAUUGGCAGCCAAUGAAAUGGCCACUGGUCCAGCAGCUAGCCAACUUGUAGCCGGAUCGAAAGACUUCUUGGCGCAAAUUAACAAACAGCCCGCAACUUCCAUUACUCCCAAGGGUUUCGUGAUGCGUAAUGGGCAAAGUCUACUCAUUGAUCAAGUUGUUGCUCGGCAACUGCGCGAAAUCCAAGUUCAAAUUAACCUCCUCCCAGAUCCUCAGAAUGCCGAUAAAGUAAUUGAGUUGUUGAAUGCUCGACGGGAGUAUAUGUUCCUCAUUCUGGAUGUCUGCCUCUCCAGUGUUCUCAGUGAAACGUUCCUGGCUAAUGGGAAUGAGCACGCCUAUCGAGAACUUGUGGCCGGCAGUCAAUAUCCAUUGGCGGAAAUGAGCAAUCAGUGUAAACCGAGUUUGGAGGCUUUGGAUUUUCCAAUUCCAGAACCUCUGUUACCAUUUGAUGAAAAAGCUCGUCAGCUCUUCCCUUGGCUCUCCUUCCUCCAUACCUCCGGCCCAUUCACCAUUCAGUAUCCCAGAUUGUCAAGCAUUGAGUACAACCUUCGUCUCUGUUUGGCUGGUCUUAGACCUGUUGAUAAACCAACAGUUCAUGGUGAACUGCUAUCUAUGAUGCUAGCUCUUGAAGAUGUUCUCGAGAAUGGCGAUCUUCCCGAAUCAGAAGCAGGACAGCCGUUGUUACUUGAGAACUACGAGAAUCUGCAUUACCUUCUUGGUCGAAGAUUCAGGAAUAAACGAAAGGAAAUUGCCCCACCAACGAUUACUGCUGUUAAUAAUACCGUUGCAACUGGUAAAGAUGAUAAUGAGACCAAAACUGAAGAUGGAGCGAACGAAGAAUUGAAGUUAAGUUUGACUGAGACGCCUAUGGCAGCCUAUGCUCUUAUCAAAAAGUAUCUCAUUCUGCGCAAACGAGUUGAGUUGAUGAAGCGUGAGUGGGGUAAACGUCGACUAGGCUUGGAAGACAUCAGUACGCCUGCCGACUUCAAGCUUUUCGUUCAAGUUUACCGUAAUGAACGCCUAAUCCCAAUACUACGAAGUCUCUCUAUCCAAUACAAACAGCCUGAACUGUAUGCACUCGGACCAUAUCAAGAAAGUGAUGUUCAGAUUUCUCCAAAGGGCAUUCCUGAAAUCGUUAUCUUACAGCGUCAGCUCGUGAAAUUGAUUGAAUCUUUCGAGAACUAUAUGAUUGGGGAUAUUCGGAAGGCCCUGUUAAGGCAGAUUGAUCUAGUGAUAAAAGAGAGAAAUAGAGAAGAAGGAAACCUUCCUCUUGACCUUUGGAAGAAGCCCGCCAUGAAAGAAUCGCUGACUGUUCCAAGACCUGCACUGGUAGAUGAGUUUCUUGAGAAUCUGAUGAGUGGAGCUCGUGAGGAUACGGAGCAGAAGGAGAUCACUUUUGAUACGGAUUAUCUCAACGAAGUUAUCCAAAACGUUGCAAUUAGCGUGAUGAGGAUGCAAAGAGAGGCUUAUGAACAUUACGCGAUGUAUUAUGAAAACUUGCUAAAGAAUCAACAUAUGCUGCUCUACUCGCGAGAGCGAGAAGUAUUGAGUCUUCGAGAACAGUUGAAACAAAUGGAGCUGGAGGAAGAUAUUAACGUUCAAUUUCGAAUGUCCGAGCAGGCUCACAAUCUUCUUCUUGAGGUGACAGCCCUUCGAACAAAGUUAGCUGAAAUUAAUGAACAACAAUCACGAUCAGAAGCGAGAAUUCGUGACCAAGUCCGUAGAGAGUUCAGUUCAGCGAUGCGUCAACUCUUUGCGCUCUCCUUCGAACAGAAGGCACGCAUUGAUGAAUAUCGCAACAAUCUUCACAUCAUCACUCUCAAACGCAUCUCAGAGAUUCGUGGUGAAACAGCAACGGAGAUGGAACGCAUUAAGGAGAAGAGCGGUGCUAUAAGCUCAGCCGAAGAUGAAUUGACUGAAAGGAACAACCGUCUCUCACAGGAAAUAAACCACAUUCACCAGAAGAAUAUCCACCUUCAGCAAAUGAUGCUUCGUCUUAAAACCGUAUACGCUUGGAAGGAAAGUACACUUCGCAACAUAUUUGAAAAACAGACACAAGCUAUUGAGGAAGAGCGAAAUAAGAGCAAAGCCCAGGUUAAUCGCAUUGGAAUGCUCUCAGAGCAAAGAUCGCAGAAUCUUACUGAGGAGAUGGAUAAGAUGCGCGAUAAUCUCACUUGCGCUCACAAGGAAUUGGGAGAACUUCGCAGCCAAUUGGACAAGGAGAUGAAAAACAAAUUGGAGAAAAGGAAUUUUGCUGAACGACAAGCGGCAACUGAUAAGCAGAUUGAUAACAUAAAACAAAUGCAUAUCGAGAAACUGGUAAGUGUCUUACAUCUUAAUCACUAA